UUUUUGACGGCACUAACCCGCGUAAGUGGAUUUUUGACCUGGAAAUCGCCUUUAUUGCAAACAACAUCCAGGAUGCAGCACACCCGAGACGAAUUGGCCUUGCAGUAAUGAACCUAGGCCCGGCGAAAAUGUGGUAUGUUACCCUCAAUCCUAAGCCUACCACGUGGGGAAAAGCCAACGGUGUCGAUGGGUUCAAGGAAGUAUUCUUAACCAAGUAUGUGACGGAAGCAAAUAAGGCUCAGGCAUCCCAGCAAGCGCAAGCAAGAACGCAAAGGCCGACCGAAACAGUAAACGAUUACCUAAGUGCGUUAGAAGAAAUAUGGAUGGAAUGUGGAGACGCAGCGGUCAUUCCAGAAUGGAUGAAGGUCAGCCAGUUUACCAGUGGACUAUUACCAGCGAUCAGAUUGCCAGUUAAGCAACAGGCACCACAGACUACGGCCGACGCAAUCCAAGCCGCGACAAAUUGUUAUUACGCGUUGCAAUCAACAAUUCAACCAACGCACGCGACGGAUUCAGUAAUGGAAACUAUGCUAACGGCCGUACAAGAAUUGCUUAAAGAAACGCGCAACAAUCAGGCCCAACCUCAACUCAGACAGCGAUAUCAACCCAAUCAGUAUCAACUCCGUCAAAAACAAAGAAUGGAAAACGCUAGGUCAGGGAAAAGGGCAGCCCCGCCAAUAGAGGGCAAUGGCGGCGGCACGAUAAUAAGUCCCUCGCAAGGUGCUAUGCAGUACGGGGAUACCGACGUUUACGGACCUACGUAUUGUACAGCCUUUGUGCAGGAUGUGGAGUGUAGGAUCUUAGUCGAUACUGGAUCCUCUUGA